UUACGGCGACUUAUUAUCGAACACGUGAAAUGAAAUAUUAAAAGCACCCAAAGUCACUCAGAAUGUAGUUUCUAAUUAUCUUUGAACAAAUCACGGAAACUGUCAUGUGGUCACUCAAAUAGCUUACAAGCACAUCUGUUUUGCUGAGAGUCGUGAUUUGAGAACAAAGGAUAAUUUCAAAGAAACUAUAAACCUAUCAAUUUGCCCCAAAAUGUCAUAUAGUUACGGUAACAACAUAUCCCAGCUAAUAUUCAUGGCUCGUGAGGCAGCUGACAGUCAUCAGUCUUGCCCAUCACUAUGACUUACAUUAAAAGACGUAUUGCUGUUACAGCUCUGUAACAGCUUGAAAUAAAGUGUAUGGAAAGGCUAAGAUAUGUUAAGUUUAAAAUACCUUCCUUUACAACAGCCGCCAAUUGGACGGGGUGACCCCGGGGGGAGGGACUCCCACAUCACACGAAGGGUCGGAAAAUUUGAAUUAAACCCCGAAACGAGAACAAUCGGGGCGUGGCGCGAACUUUGUUUGACUCCUCAAAGAUACCACUCACAACGGAAUAGGCUCGUUUACUAGCCGGCGUUCAGGAAGGGACCCCGCGCUAGUAGACCGGAGUCGAGAGACCCGUGGAAAUUAAGCCUAAAAACGGAAAUAAGAGCGUUUUUCAAUCACUAUGUCUUCGAGUGCACCCAAAAAGAUACUUUCACAGCUGAAAAUUGUGACGUUUCGUUUUGAACACCCUAGGUGAGACCAGAGUCCUCCACCUUUUCAUACGGAAGUCCCCCGGGGCUGGAGGCGGGGCGGUCGGGGGCAGGGGUGGGGUGAGUGAGAGUAUUAGAGAUCUGGAACCGACUGGAUGCCUGGAACGCCUGGUUGAUUUUGUCUCAGCUUUAAUAUGACUUAAAUAUGGCCUGCAAAUUCGACUUGGAGGUUAUCAUUAAACUUGGAGGAUCAGCAGUUACGCAUAAAAAUGCCUUCGAGACAAUUAAUCAGGACGCAAUCGCAGCAGCAGCGAAGCUGGUAAAAAAUAUAAAGGGGAAAUGUGUCGUGGUCCAUGGCGCGGGGUCAUUUGGACACUUUCAGGCUUAUGAAUAUGGAACAGCUAAUGGUUUCUCGAAUGACAUUUUAAACGGUCGGAUUGGAUUUGCCAAAACCAGACUUUCAGUUACAAAGCUACAACACACAAUCACAGCAGUGUUUCUUGAGAAUGGUAUUCCAGCAUUGGGAAUUUCACCCUGUGGAUCCUGGUUAACAAGUAGUGGUGUGGUCACCAGGUCAGCGGUAACUCCAAUUGUUGAGCUAUUGGAAGCUGGAUUUGUACCAAUUUUGCAUGGUGACUGUGUACUGGAUGAUGUUCAGGGCUGCUCUAUACUAAGUGGAGACAAAAUUAUUCAGAGGUUAGCAGAAGAGCUUCGUCCAAAAAGAGUUGUAUUUUUGACAGAUGUUGAUGGAAUAUAUGACAAACCCCCUGAAAAAGAAGAUUCAGUGUUGCUUCGAAAAGUGUACGUUAAAUCAGAUGGACAAAUGAAUGUUACCAUAGCGACAUCAAACCUUCAUCAUGACGUCACCGGCGGGAUUCGCGAGAAGCUUCAAACAGCGUCCAAUAUAAUUCGUAUUUCUGAACAGCAUUCGCGCGUCUUUGUGUUAAAUAUAAUGUCCGAAACUGUUGCAUAUUCUGUCUGUAGUCGGGGAGUUUUGGACGGAAAUGGUACAGAAAUAUUGGCAGAAACUCAAGAGUUCAACAGAGUAAACAUUCAGUGACAUGCGUGUGUGAGAUUAUUGCACAUUACUUAUAAAUUUAAUUCGUCACCUUCAAAUGUUGGAAAACACAAACGUCACCAACUGUCAAGUUGAUGCUCAUGGAUCCUCGCACUGCCCCAUGUGCAUGCAGGAUAUUCGCACUCACAAUUUUUGUUGUGUGGCAUAACAAACGUACGUUAUAUACCAGUAGUCAGGGAGAUCUUAGGCAAGCCCUUAGUUUGUAAUAAAGUUCAUGAAGCGGAGAAGAAA